GAUUUGCAAACAUUUAAGAGAUACAGAUUUUCCCGGAAAAAAUUAUGGAAGUUUGCAUUGAUUCUGUGCAAUCAGCUAUUCACGCAGAGAAAGGAGGUGCAGUUAGGGUAGAGCUAUGUUCAAACUUAAUGGAGGGAGGAACUACACCAAGUAUUGGCAUGCUGAAGGUUAUCAAAAGGUCAGUUAGCAUACCUGUGUUUGUGAUGAUACGACCACGUGGUGGGGACUUCAUAUAUACACCCAAGGAGUUUGAUGUGAUGUACCAAGAUUUAUGCAUGCUGAAGGAAGCUGGCGCUGACGGAUUUGUGUUCGGGAUUUUAAAUCAAGAUGGUUCAGUGGAACAAGAGAUGUGUGAGGAACUCAUUGACUAUGCCAAACCUUUACCAUGCACGUUUCAUAGAGCUAUUGAUAUGACAAGCAACAUCAGUGAAGCAUUAGAAAAGGUUAUUUCCCUUGGUUUCAAGAGAGUUCUCACAAGUGGAGGUGACUCUUCAGCAUUAGAGGGACUUCCAGUCAUAACAAGCAUGGUCAAACAGGCAGCAGAACGGAUUGUAAUAAUGCCAGGUGGAGGAAUAAAUGAAAAAAACCUUCAGAGAAUUUUACAACAAAGUGGUGCUAAAGAAUUUCACUGCUCAGCUCGAUCUAGUGUUUCAUCUCAUAUGACUUUUAAGAAAGAGGGAAUUUCCAUGGGAGCAGCCUUGACACCACCAGAAUUUAGUGUCAAGGUCACAGAUGAAAGAAAAGUGAAAAGCUUGGUCACAAUGGCUUCAGAUCUCUGGGGCACUUAAAAUUCUGUAAAGACAUAAAUUUUUACAUUAAGAAAAUGACUGCCAUAUUGAGUUUAUAGACAACAAAUAAAUAGCAUCUAUGAGUCAGUGUUUAUACAUAUCGUGUAGACUUAAGUGUAACAUAUUUUAUAGAUUUAUUGUAUCAUCUUGAUCACUUGUAUCUGAGGAAAUUUAAUAUUCAACUGUUCUUAACACUUGGCCUUACAAGGAUAUGCCUCAAGAUGUUUUUUUCAAGCUUUAGAAGUAAGUAAGAAAUAUCAAUAUUUAGUAGCUUCUAUGUUGUUUUUAUACUGUAUAGACUGGAUUAUAUUCAGAAAGGUUUUAUGUUUUGCUACUAUUCAUGUUCAGAGUGACUAAUAACUCAAAACUCUGGUGAGUAUUAACUCUUACCCUGCUAAAUUUUUAAAAUGAACUUGACCAUCUUUCAGUUUAGACAGUACCAUUAACUGUAAAAAAAGGAUUUUUACAAAAAAAGAUACUGACUGAAUGGUAAACUGUGCAGAUCUUGAUCAGACUGCACAGAUGUGCAGGCUGAACAAGAUCUUCCCUGGUCGCAAAGGCAAAAUCAAUCAUGUCCAGCUUGAUCAGGGUUAAGAAACGUUAUUGUUUGCAUUGCAUUCACUUGU